ACCCCAGAAAACGAACAGCUUUUCCCCUCUGAGAGCUAAUCCAGUCAUCAGCAUGGAUAUUUUAGUACAAAAGUCGAUCUUCAACAGCGGCAGAAUCGGGGAGAUAUACGAGCCGCACGCUGCCUACUACUCACCGUAUAACACACCGCCGUACAUAGCGCCGUAUCCGGAUCCCGGCAGCUGGAUAGCGGAACAGCAGAUGCAGCAGCACAUCAGAUUCCCCACGCCGCCCAUCACACCGCCGCGUCCUGCCGAGCAUCAGCAGCAUCCCACGCACCGCACAUACUCGGUGAUCAUGAAAGUGCACAGCCAAGGCGACCUGUGCCGCAGUCCCGAGGAGUUCCAGGACGAGAGCAAGUCCUGCAACAGCAGCAGCAGUAGCAGCAGCAGCGAGUGUGGAGCUGGCAGCGACUUCAUUUGCAACUGGCUGGAGUGCGAACGGGUAUUCGAGACAUUGGAAGCACUGGCCCAACACGUCACCCAGCGGCAUGCCAUUGCCUCCCUGACAGACGGCCUCUACUACUGCCGCUGGGCGGGUUGCCAGCGCAGCGAGCGGGGGUUCAAUGCCCGCUACAAGAUGCUCGUCCACACGCGCACCCACACCAAGGAGAAGCCCCACAGUUGCCAUCUGUGCGAGAAGUCAUUCUCGAGGGCGGAAAAUCUAAAGAUUCACAUACGAUCGCAUUCGGGAGAGAAGCCAUACAAGUGCAGCUUCGACGGCUGCCAGAAGGCCUACUCCAACUCCUCCGAUCGGUUUAAGCACACAAGGACACACUCAAUGGAGAAACCCUACAUGUGUAAGGUGGCUGGAUGCCAGAAGCGCUACACGGAUCCCUCGUCGCUACGCAAGCACGUGAAGACCUUCAAGCACAGCAUCCAUCUAAUUGCUAGCCAGCCACUGACUCUGCCCCAUCAGACCCGCGCACCGUAUAUGCUGGAGGCCAGCGAGGCCACAGCACCGUACACAUGUCUGCCCGCUGGCAGCGUUGAGUCAUGCGCCUCCUCCUCCGCCUCCACGCGCUACUACCUGGAGCUGUCCAGCAACGAGCCCAGCGACUACUCCCAAAAGCAAAAGCCAGAAGCGGAGUAUUCCCCCAGCUAUUGGCUGAACGAGAGGCAACACAGCUAUCUGCAGAGCGAAGAUUACUUCAUGAGCAUGGAGGUGGACUCCCCGCUCGAUCUGCGCAUGCACCGAAUUUGAAUCCGUCUCUCUUCCUACCCCACCCAACCCUGCCCUCUAGUCACUGCGCUGUCCCAGCUCUUGUCAUUAAUCUUAGGCUACCGCUUAACUGCAAAAUAAAGACUGUUGUAUUUGA